AUGCCGGUCAAGCAGGUCAAGGUCGGCGCCCGCCAAGUGCAAGAGAUGACCGUGUACGUGAGCACGUGCCAAGCGUCACAGACGGACAAGUUUACGACGCGCGUCUCCAAGCUAGCGACCAUCGAGACGCUCCAGGCCUUCCUCGUCGAGCAGUGGCGCAUCGCCAAGCACCGACUCGCUACCGUUCCGAUCUCGGAGCACAUUUUCAGCUUCCAGGGACGCAUCAUGCGUCACGACGCCCACCUCGACAUUUACUACGUUGGGAACGGCGACACGAUCUUUCUGCGUCUGCCGGGCCAUGGCCCCGUGACGACACCGUGGGCCAUGUCCACCAGCGAACUUCGGGAAGCGCUUCAAGACCGCCGCGCGUACCGUCCGAAUCUGCUGCCCGAGCAGCUCAUGUACCAGCUCCAACAUCUUUUGCAGCGCGAGAGUCGACUGGAGCGGCUUCAAAAAGCCACAAAGCGUGGCGCCACCGAGGACGUCAAGCGCAUCACGCAAGAGCUGCGCGAGCUCGACGCGGAAGAAGCGGCGUCCGCGGUCGCGGCGAGCGCGGCGCCGCUAUCGCGCCCAGCGUCAAUCAAGUGGCCGCAUCCGCCGAGUCUCCGGCGCACAGUCUUCUUCUCGCUGGCAUGCCUCGAGCGCAGCUACCAGUCGAUUCCGCGGGACGUGUUUGAGCCCGGCCUCUUCCUGCUGGACGCGCGCCGCGACUGGGUCUUUGGAAAGCACAGCAGCCUCCAGAAAGAGCAUUUUGACUACAAGUACAUGGCGUACGGAAAAGACUUUUUGGACAUGCUCGUCUUCAAGGAAGAGGCCAACCUCGUCUUUUGGUUCCAACCCGACCACAGCCUCGCAGCGCUCUCGGCGUUU